UGGGAGUUCAAUUUUUUGUCUACCAUGUGUACAAGUCACUGUCUGUUGCUGUGACAGAUGUCUGACAAACAUUUUAAGGGAAGAAGGAUUGAUUUUGAUCUGAUUUCUAAUGCUCUUCCUAAAAGGACAGCUGUGCCCCCUGGAUGUGCUUGAGGACGAGCAGUGAAGGUAGGCAUGAAGCCUCCAUCUCACAGCUGCAUGCAUAGUCACUGUUGAAGCAAAUGCCUACCUAAUUUGACAGUCUCGGUGUGUUUAAAAUUUUUUGAGUUUGCAAAUAAGCUUAUUAAGCUUACUGAUGGAGCCUUCCGGCAGUGAACAGUUAUAUGAGGACCCUGAUCCUGGAGGCAAAUCCCAAGAUGCAGAAGCCAGGAGGCAGACAGAAUCAGAACAAAAGUUAUCUAAAAUGACCCACAAUGCUCUGGAGAACAUUAAUGUGAUUGGCCAAGGCUUGAAACAUCUGUUCCAGCACCAGCGCAGGAGGUCAUCAGUGUCUCCACACGAUGUGCAGCAGAUUCAGACAGAUCCAGAGCCUGAAGUGGAUCUGGACAGCCAGAACACAUGUGCUGAGAUUGAUGGUGUCUCCACCCACCCCACAGCUCUGAAUCGUGUUCUGCAACAAAUCCGAGUGCCACCCAAGAUGAAGAGAGGAACAAGCUUGCAUAGUAGGCGGGGCAAGUCAGAAGCCCCAAAGGGAAGUCCCCAAAUCAACAGGAAAUCUGGCCAGGAGGUGGCUGCUGUUAUACAGUCAGGUCGGCCCAGGUCUUCAUCUACAACUGAUGCUCCUACCAGCUCUUCUGUGAUGGAAAUAGCUUGUGCUGCUGCUGCUGCUGCUGCUGCGUGUGUACCCGGAGAGGAGUCAGCUGCAGAACGAAUCGAGCGUUUGGAUGUAAGCAGCCUCGCCCAGACUUCCAGUGCCGUGGCCUCCAGCACCGAUGGCAGCAUCCACCCAGAGUCUGUGGAUGGAAUACCAGACCCUCAACGCACAAAAGCUGCCAUCGCACACCUGCAGCAGAAGAUCCUAAAGCUCACAGAACAGAUCAAGAUUGCGCAGACAGCCCGAGACGACAACGUUGCUGAAUACUUGAAGCUUGCCAACAGUGCAGACAAGCAGCAGGCUGCUCGCAUCAAACAGGUGUUUGAGAAGAAAAACCAGAAAUCUGCACAAACCAUCCUCCAGCUGCAGAAGAAACUUGAGCAUUACCACCGCAAGCUCCGUGAGGUGGAACAGAAUGGGAUCCCCCGGCAGCCCAAGGAUGUCUUCAGGGACAUGCACCAGGGUCUGAAGGAUGUGGGUGCAAAGGUGACUGGCUUCAGUGAAGGUGUGGUGGACAGUGUCAAAGGUGGCUUUUCCAGCUUCUCUCAGGCUACCCAUUCAGCAGCAGGGGCUGUGGUCUCCAAGCCCAGAGAGAUUGCCUCACUGAUUCGGAACAAAUUUGGCAGUGCAGACAACAUCCCUAAUCUGAAGGACUCAUUAGAGGAAGGACAAGUGGAUGACGCAGGAAAGGCUUUAGGAGUGAUUUCGAACUUUCAGUCAAGUCCAAAAUAUGGUAGUGAGGAAGAUUGUUCUAGUGCCACUUCAGGCUCAGUAGGAGCCAACAGUACCACCGGGGGCAUUGCUGUAGGAGCAUCAAGCUCCAAAACAAACACCCUAGACAUGCAGAGCUCAGGGUUUGAUGCACUACUGCAUGAGAUCCAGGAGAUCCGGGAAACCCAGGCCAGACUGGAGGAAUCCUUCGAGACCCUCAAGGAGCAUUAUCAGAGGGACUACUCCUUAAUAAUGCAGACCUUACAGGAAGAGCGGUAUAGAUGUGAACGACUAGAAGAGCAACUGAACGACCUGACAGAGCUCCACCAGAACGAGAUCCUGAACUUAAAGCAGGAGUUGGCCAGCAUGGAAGAGAAAAUUGCCUAUCAGUCCUAUGAACGGGCCCGGGACAUCCAGGAGGCCCUGGAGGCCUGUCAGACUCGAAUCUCCAAGAUGGAGCUGCAGCAGCAACAGCAGCAGGUGGUGCAGCUGGAAGGGCUGGAGAAUGCCACGGCUCGAAACCUUCUGGGCAAACUCAUCAACAUCCUCCUGGCCGUCAUGGCAGUCCUCCUGGUCUUUGUGUCCACAGUAGCCAACUGUGUGGUUCCUCUCAUGAAGACACGCAACAGGACGUUCAGCACUUUAUUCCUGGUAGCUUUCAUUGCCUUUCUCUGGAAGCACUGGGAUGCCCUCUUCAGCUAUGUGGACCGGCUCUUCUCAACCCCCAGAUGAUGCUGGCACAGAAAGCAGUGCUCCUCACCAUCUGGCGAGUGCAUGCCAAGAGAGCUAGACAGCAGCAUUACCCACUCUGAGGUUUUCUACAAGAGAGUUGAGUGAAUCUGUUUACAUUUAGAAUAAUGUUUUUUUCUUCAAGAGACGCAAUUGCAAUAGUAUUUUUUAGAUUUUAUCCAAGAAGUUUUUUGGGCAAAAUCUUGGAUCAUUUUUAUGUAGCAUGAUUUUCCUUGGGAUGCAAAUCUGAAACAGUCCCUUAACAUGAACCAACAAUCUGUAACACACUGAAGGGCAUUCUGAAUUGAGGCUUGGAGGGCUGCACUAAAACCCCUAAACAGAUGCAAAACCUGACCAGGCCCAACACCUGCCCUGCUUGGGCUCCUCUCCUCAUCUAGACUGACUCUACUGUGAAGUCCCACCACAUUCCAGGUUGGAAAUUUAGAUUCAGGGUGGAUUUUCCCCGCCAUGGAAGAACACGCACAUCUCCCAGGCUUUCUCACGCUAACCCUGAAGUAUGACGACUUCUGAACCUGCGCCUUCCUUAACUCUGCCGGGAUUGGAAGCAAGAGCAUCAAGCCCACAGGAUGACUGUGCAGUCCUGUUCAGUAUUGUGAAGUAGCCCUUAAUCCUAACUUUAAGCAAAAUCCCUUGGCCGCACUUUGAAGGUUUGUUUUUUUUUUUUUUAUAUAUGUGUAUAGUUACCAACUUAAAAAUAAAAAAUCCGAACAACAUACUUGAAGAAUGUAAUACUCAAACUCUCAGUGCUUCCUUAUAAUUUCUAAUAGGAUUUUUUAUUAUUGUUAUUAUUAUUGGGGUAUUUUUGUUUGAUUGGUUUUGGUUUUUUUGUUUGUUUGCGGGGUGGGGGGUCAUUACUGGGUUGGGAGGGUCUUUUAUUUUUUCCUUUGAAAUAAAGCAGUGAUGUUUUCAAAUGAAGCCGUGUGGAUAUUUCAGCGUGCUGCCCCCUGUGGUCUUGAAACAGUUGAGUUGGAGACUGCUGCCAGCGCUGCCCUCUGCCACCCUGUGGCUGCCCCGGCUCUCUGGUGUCUACUACACAUACAGCACCAUCUCCCCGGCUUGGCUUGGUUACAGUGGUGAGGGGUUUGCAGAGUGAGGGGGUGCAAUCUCAGCAGAAUAGUGUGGUAGGACCGGAUUUUGUCGUGUGCCCCCCCCCAAGUAAAUGUUCACAUAGUGACCUUGGGCUGAGAUUCUCUUUAGGAAAAAAAAAAUGCUACUAUGUUAUGAGAGUCAUAAAUAACUCCCUGUGUUUGCUUAAUUUAUUGUUUAACACCCCUAAUUACCGAAACCAAAGUGAUGUGGAGUCUUGUUGUCUGCAUUUUGGCCUCAGCAUCCUUAACUUCAAAGCUUUAUUGUGUCUGCCUGAGAGAAUCAAUUGAAGGUGAUUCUCCCAAAAAGCAGAAAAGGAAAUGUCAGGUUACAAGGACCCAAGUUCUGGGUGCAAACUGUUGUAAGCUUCCUAUUAACCCAGACUGACUCACUAACUGCUCAGUGGCUGUUUAGAGACACUUUAGGAAGAGGAGCUGAGCUUUGCCCCAUCCCUCAGCCAGUUCCCUGACCCAGGUGGAACCUGAAUCAACCUUCAGAGCAAAAUAGCCUGAUUAAUCUCAUAUUAUUGGAGGUCACAAAUGCCAUGUCCAGUGGCCUCUUCCUGUGUGCCCACAUGAUGCAAAGGAGUCGUGUACUGUGCCAUGGACAGAGAAGCGAAGUGUGCUUUUGCCUAUGUCCCCACACCAGGACCUUCUUUCAGAACUAGGGUAGCAAUGCCCUGUCUGUUGGAAAGCAUGGUUUACAUAACAGUUCCAGCCUCCUUUUGCUUUGGCCAAUUGGCCUUCUCACUUUGAUAUUUUAACUCAGGUACCCAGUCUUCACUCCAUCCCCAGAUGGUUGUUAUUCACCUCAUAAUGAGCACCUAGAGCAGGGGCAAAAAAAAAAAAAAAAAUUAAAACUAGCACAUAUUCAUGCCAAAACAAAUGGUCCCCAAGCCUAUGUUUAGAAGGUUAACUUUGCCGGAAAGUACUGCAGCUUCAAGGCAAGAGUGCCACAGGACACUAUGACCUUGUUGGACGAGCAGUCACUGCCAUAAUUUAGCAGAAGAGAGUCCCGUGGAGCUGUGGGAGAGAUGACCCAGUGGCAGCCCACUGGCUUUUUUUUAACAGUUCCACAGGAGGCCCCCGAAAUGUCACUGUGAUGGAUAAACUAAAAUUGUCUCUAAUUUCCUGAUGGCAGUUUCUGUUGAAGGGAGAGUCUGGAGCUUCUGACAGACAGACAGACAGACCCGCACUGACUCCCCAUCUUCCUCUAGCAGACCUUCUUGGGAAGGCCCUUCAGGCCAGGCCAGACCCUGCCAUGGCUUCUCGCUGUCUUAUCCCUGCUCACUCACUAGACCUACAAUUGUCUGCACCCAACGCUGCUUGUAACACACUUCUGUUCGCCUACCUGCCUGUACUUUUGGCUGCCCAUCCCUAUUGCCUUUGAGUUUCUUGGAAUUGUGGCUAUCCUUGGAUUCUCUUUUUCUAUUCACAGCCCUUCAGUAGCCUUUUUCUGGUGGUUUAGCACUUGAUCUGAGAGAGACUUGCCCACAAUUUAAUGCUUCUUUGCCUCAAGAAAAUAAUUUUCAAAAAUAAAAAAACUCCCGCUAAAGUGAAGCAUUCCCUGAUUCCCUUGUCCAUGCUGGUGCCUAGCCCGGGUAAGUGAGGCUGGCUGUGUUGGCCUGGGUGACUGUUGUGGUUCUAGAGUUGGCCAUCACUCUGCAUUGAUGGCUGCCUGCUCCAGUUUCAGGUCCUCGGUGUAGUCAGGGCAUCCUGGCAAGGAAGGCUUUUUAUUCCUUAGGAAGUGCGGUUGGACCCAUACUGUGGUGCUUCCCAACUGGCAUCAAACGCCUGUUGCCAGAACAGUGGGGUGAAGCCUUCCUCGCCAGUCAGGUCCGACAGUGGGCAUGCUUUGGCAUGGUCUGCACUGGCUUUGGUUUUGUUUCUGAUCUUGUGUCCUAAGGUAGUCAGUGAAUGCUGGAUUCUGAGUGAGCUCUGGUGUUCUGGCCUUCUAGCCUUGGAAAGUACACAUCUCAAACAAAACCAAAUGCUGUCAUCAAGAAGCCAGCACAGGCAAAGUGAUGGUUCCCACACCACCCCCAAUAAAACUGGGAUUCUGAAUGUGGCUCUACAAGUUAAACAUUUCUGUGUGUUGUGUAUGCUAGGUGAUACCCUCAGAAGGGGCUGACUACUAGACUGUAAGUGUGUUUUAUACAAGUGUGUAAGACUAAAGACUCACAUGCACGAAUCGCAGAGUAAAGAGACGAUACUUGUGAACGCGUGAACGUUAACACUGUAGUUGCUAGAUCUUAAGCUGCUAAUUGUUGAGAGAGAAUUCAGUUAUGUUCUGUCUGGCUGCUGUGGAGUCUCAGCAGCACCUUUGCUGUAUAUAAAAUGAAAAUAAAGACCUCAGCUAGAAACCUGC